GAUUGAAAACAAAAUUUACUUAUCAAAAAAUUGUAGUUUGAUGUUAAAAAAUAAAUAAAAAUUCAAUCUUCAUGACUUAGAGGCUUACGAGCUUUGUGAUGCCGCAUGACUGCUUUUCUUUGUGCUGUUCUGUGUGUGUCCGAGUCCAAAGACCGUAGUCACAUUAUUUCUUUCUUUUUAUGAUUACCACAUGACUAUCGGCGUGAGGCCGCUUAUGUAACAUGCUGUGAACUUUGCUGCGUUAUCGCCCUCCCUGCUAUCAGGAAAAGUGGGCAGAGGUAAGGCAAAGGAUAAAGAGAGAGGGAGAGUGUUUCCCAACAAGCAAACUAAAUUUGGUUCCUACAGAUAUUCAACCAAAAGCCUCCAAAAGUAAUAAUGAAAUUCCAAAUGUUUUGUUUUUGAUCAUCACAGUCGAUCCUCUGUUUACCCUGAAAAAGUUCCCAAAUUCCUUCUGGUUUCUAAGUUUUUUUUUAAAGUUUCAUUUUACGUCAAUAUUAACGUAAGUAUAUUAUUACAACAUGAACGAAGUGCUAAAAGUGUUCCGUAACGCACAUUGUCCCGUUACGCUGUGUCCCGUUACGCUCAUUGUACGCUUGCGCCGCAUCUAUCUCUUCCACUCGAUUGGAACAACCAUAGAUUUGACUUUUUCGAUGCACAUUAAACUUGAAACACUCCCAUUCGUUUCCUACUUUUCCUAUCAUCGUCCUAUCCUUAACAGAAUAACACAGAUGGCAAGAAGUUAAAUAGCAAACAUGUAUAAAAGUUAUAGUUAAAAUAAUCUCUUCGUUAAAGUAAUAAACAUUUUUGAAUUAAUGAGUGCAAAUAAAAGUAAAUUUAUCAAUUAAAUUGUAGAUUUCAUUUCAUUCCUUAUUUGUAUCCAUACAAAAUAGUGAUAAUUCAAUAAAAAUGGUUCAAUUUUAUUCAUAAAAGUAUGCAAUAAUUUCAUCAAUGUUUUGUUAUGACGUUGUCAGGUUAAACUAUCGUCCGUAAACCGACUUUACAGACAACUAAUUUUUUUUUACAGUGAAGUCGCAACUCUUACAUGUAUCGUUUUUUUUUAAAUUUUAAUAUUCUAAUGAAAUCAACAACUAAUUGAAGGGCUGUAUUCCUCUAUCUCUAUCGAUAGACUUAAGUGGUCGCCAUUCUUAAUUCUUUUAUCUAUUAAGUAGAAUGACUAGAAAAUAUAUCUACAUGGAAUCAUUAACUAAAAUAAUUAACUAAGAUGAAGCAAAUUCUAUUUACUUAUGUAUAUCCUUAGAACUAUUCAAAAGACUUUACUUACUAGUAUUAAACAAUCAUUGAUUAAAAGGUAUUCGAUUAAACCUUAUUCUCGAAGGACUUAAUAGUUAAUAUAAUACUCGAUAGCAGAUAGAUGUGUCACUCAGCGUUGUGGUUGGGGGUUCGAGUACCUGCGAGCGCACCAAUAAAAUUGUAUUCGUGACUUUCAGUACACAAUACUGACACCGACUGCCAACCCGUCCUCGUGCUUACAUCAUAAUUUAUACAGGUUACAGAGCGUUAAGCCGCGUACACACUUGCGCGCCGCGGCUGCAAUGCAACACGCCACGAACAGGAUUCGCCAGGUGUGUACGGGCCCUCGAACACGCGCCGAGCGUGCGCCGCCCACGCCACGAACCGCGCGCCGCGAACCGCCAGCUGUCGGUUUUUUCGACGAACACAAAGGGAUUCGGCGCGCCAGUGUGGACGUGUUUGCAGCUCGCAGCGCACACGCAGCGAACAUGGAGUGGAGCGAAGAAGAUAUGUUGGGCUUGAUUGAAGUGUAUAGAACACAUCCUGUGCUUUGGGACCCAAGUAAUAGAGACUACUACAAAAAAGCUAAAAAAAUGGAUGCGUGGAGAGACAUAGCUGUUACAGUCGGGCAGUUAGAAGAUGAAUGCAGGAAAAAAAUGAUUAGUUUGCUGUCGUCGUACAGAAGGGAGAAGUCAAAAGAAAAAAACACAAUAGGGACUGGUAAAGGUACUUCCGAAGUGUUUACCAGCCGAUGGUUCGCCUACGAGUCGUUAAAAUUUCUGGAAGGCAGAGAUAAGCCACGGCCAACAAUGAACACGGAGCCGGUGAUCAUUGAAGGAAACCACGUCCAUCAAGAACUGAAUGUGCAAAAUGAAGACCAAGAAUUUCUUUCUCCAAGUGCACCUAAGCGAGCAAAAGGAAGGCAACAGGGUGAUGGAACUGCACUGCUAGCGGAUGCUGUUAGCAUUCUACAAGCUACUGCUGGAAAAUUCAACAUGUCUCCUGAACAGAGCGAGAUUAAAACAUUUUGCGCAUAUUUAUCUUCCAAAAUGGCGACAUUUUCUUCAGCUACAAGAUUGGGGGUUCAGCACGCUGUUUAUGACAUUUUGAUGAAAGCAGAUCGAGGUUUGUUUGAAAUACCUACAUACAACUAUGGUCAAGGUCAACUAUUUCAUUCCAAUGCACCUGAAAACUAUUCUACUCGCAUGUAUAUGCAACAGCCAGCUUCCCACUCAUCAACUUCAUCAGUUUAUCUUCCUGCUCAACAACAACAACAACAACAACAACAACAACAACAACCCUUUGAGCCAAAUCUGUCGCAGUCUUCUCCAGCUGGUCGGUCCCCGACACAAAUGACUCCACAUGCACAAGUUACUAUGCUACCUAGUGCCUCGGCUACAAGUAUACAAACAAAUUCAAGUCACACCAUUUCACCGCUGGCGUCAAUGCAAAGUCCUUUAUCGCAUUCAUCUCAGUGUUCUGAUGAUUUUAAUGACUGUGUGUAAAUUGCAUCACAAUUUUUGUGUUAAUUUAUUUAUUUGUUUAUGUGAACUACUCUGAUUUAAUUUGAAUUUAAUGAGUUCAUUUAUUUAAUUUUUCUUUCUUACAUCAUUUGAGUACUGUAUUUUUGAAAAUAUCGUUUUAUAAAUAAAAACUUAAGCAAUAAGAACGUUUAUUUGUUCUAACGUUCAACUUACCUUGAUAUUUUCUUUCAACACUUCAAUUAACGCUGAGCAGACUUCUGUUACUAUUCCUCCUAUAGCCUGCUUUGAAAUUCUGAACAGAUAUUGCAGACUUGAGUACGAGUCUCCUGUCGCUAGAAACCGCAAUGUCACGGCUAACCUGGAACAUUAAAAUUGAAAACCUGUGUACUUAAACAUAUUGAACAUUAACACUUUUAAUAAUGCUGACAGGGAAAUUGCUGUCAGGCAUUAGUACAAAUUGUAAACAAUUCAUAGGCUACUUACCGAUCUUGAAU